UGUAACGAGACGAUAAGCCAUCUAACGUUCGACGGAAGAAACAAAGUAAUCUAUUCUUGCGAUCUAAUUUCAGGAUUUUCUUAAAUGUCGUGCUUUUGAUCGAUUCUCUCUAUAUCUAUGUCCUCGAUAUCAAGCAAGGUAAUCAACAAGUAUUCGCAGUGAUUCGGUACGAUUAAAAAGAAAUAUUCGCGAAUGUUACAAAAUAGAUAUGGUGAAAAGCCCAAUGGAAACAUAACCUCCUUUUGCAAGAGAUUUGGUGAUAUUUAUCGUUUAUGCGUGUUAAUCCUAUAUGUCGAGAAAUAUCUUAUCUCGGAUAAUAUCUUGGUAUACAAUGAAUCUAAUAGGUAUACCUAAACGAUAAAAAUGCAUAAAAGUUUAAGAGGAAAAGUUUAAAGUUUUCUGCUCGGUUACGAAUUAUAUAACCAUGGCAGGAUACACGGGAUUCGUUAGGAUUAUUCGUCGGCGUUUAGUUUUGGGACUUAUAUUUACAUUGUCGCUGACUUAUUGCGCUUUUUCUUUAUUCCGCAAUGAGAGUAGAUCGAUAGAAUUGGAUAGCGAUCUCGACGAUAUGGAGGGAUUGAUAAUGAAUGACAACAACAACGACGAUAUGAUUUCUGACGACGACGUUCCGUUACAACAACUUAAAGCAUCUGGUAAACCACGUGAAUCUUGGGGGAUGGAUGUUCCAAACGAAGUAGGAACCAAUGAAAAUGGCUUAGGUAUAGAUUCGCCGUCUAACUUAAAUGACACCGAUACGUCCAAUCGACCAUGCCGCAAUUCUGUACAGGGCAAAGUAUUGAUAGUCGACGAGCACGGAGUGGUAUGCGCCAGGCACGAACUUUUGUCCAAUGGUUGCUGUAGCAGGGAACAGAAGCAAUCGUAUAAAGCGGAAGAGGCCACGGUUACGGCCCUUAAGGAGAGAUACAGUUGUAAAACGUGCAACGCUCAAGGAUGCUGUGCUAUUUACGAAUACUGCGUUUCCUGCUGUUUACAUCCUGCCAAGCAUAUAAAGGGAAAGAAGGAUACCGUAGAGAGUGGUAAAAAUCUUCCGAGAAUAAAGGAAGAAGAUACGGUAAAGGUGCGUCUUCGCAAUAUGGAUCGAUUUCAAACCUGCCUCGCCGCCUGUCGUACAUCCAGUGCUAGCGUGCGACAUGAGAAUACCUAUAAAGAUCCUCAUUCGAAACAUUGUUACACUCUUCAACCACCUUAUAAUCAUCAACGACAUCGUCGUGAUAUCAAGUCACUGAAUAAUAAUCGCGACAACGACGGUGUUGUCGUUACAUCUUCUUCUGUCGUGCAAUCAAUUACCCUCGACAGGGCAAAUUUCCUUUCCUGUUGUCAUCUUUGAAAACUAAUCAUCUUUAUUAUUAUUAUUAUUAUUAUUAUUAUUUUACAAAAUAGUUACCGCAGAAAUGUGAACGAGAGGGAGGUCUACAAAGAGGAUCGAGCGCCGCGCACAAGCUUGGAUUUGAGUCUCCAAAUAUCCUCAUACGU